CUCCUCCUGUGGUGUUUCAAAACCAUGCUGAGAGUCUUCGCUGCUGCUGAUGGGCUGUCUCUGAGGUUACCGCAGAACACUCAAAGUCCUCUAGCCCCUGGCCUACAAACAGGCACACAGAAGAGCUUCUUAUUCAUCUAUGCCUGAGACUGUCUUCUCCAGAAUCCUGGUCAGCUUUGCUAAUCCACUGAGUAGGAAUAAUCCCCCAAACACCAGAGUCAAGGAUACAGGCAGCAGCGUGCUCCUCCUGUUGUGUGGACAUCCUGCACCGGAAGCUGAUAACUGAGCGCCGAAUUUUUAUUUUGUAGAACGAAGAACUCUUAUCCCAGCACAUGAUUUGGGAGUUACAUUUUGUGACAUGGAUGAAUCUGGAUUGACGGUUAGUACAAUAGAUGUUUCUUAUCUGCCGAAUUCAUCAGAAUACAGUCUUGGUCGAUGUAAACACACAAAUGAGGAAUGGGUGGAGUGUGGCUUUAGACCUACCUUCUUCCGAUCCGCAACCCUAAAAUGGAAAGAAAGCCUUAUGAGCCGGAAGAGACCGUUUGUCGGAAGGUGUUGUUACUCUUGCACUCCCCAGAGCUGGGAAAAAUUUUUCAACCCCAGUAUCCCAUCUUUGGGUUUGCGGAAUGUUAUUUAUAUCAAUGAAACUCACACAAGGCACCGAGGCUGGCUUGCAAGGCGUCUUUCUUAUGUCCUUUUUAUUCAAGAGCGGGAUGUCCAUAAGGGCAUGUUUGCCACCAACGUGACAGAAAAUGUGCUGAACAGCAGCAGAGUACAAGAGGCAAUUGCUGAAGUGGCUGCUGAAUUGAAUCCGGACGGUUCUGCCCAGCAGCAAUCCAAAGCUGUCCAAAAAGUGAAAAAGAAAGCUAAAAAGAUCCUUCAAGAAAUGGUUGCUACUGUCUCACCUGGGAUGAUCAGACUGACUGGGUGGGUGCUGCUAAAACUGUUCAACAGCUUCUUCUGGAACAUUCAGAUUCACAAGGGUCAACUUGAGAUGGUUAAAGCUGCAACUGAGACAAAUUUGCCACUUAUAUUUCUACCAGUGCACAGAUCUCACAUUGACUACCUGCUGCUCACGUUCAUUCUCUUCUGCCAUAACAUCAAAGCCCCAUACAUUGCCUCGGGCAAUAACCUGAACAUCCCAAUCUUCAGUACCUUGAUCCACAAGCUUGGGGGCUUUUUCAUACGACGGAGGCUCGACGAAACACCAGAUGGGCGGAAAGACAUUCUCUAUAGAGCUUUGCUGCAUGGGCACAUAGUUGAACUACUUCGGCAACAGCAGUUCUUGGAGAUUUUCCUAGAAGGCACACGCUCUAGGAGUGGAAGGACCUCCUGUGCUCGGGCAGGACUUUUGUCAGUGGUGGUAGAUACUCUGUCUACCAAUACUAUCCCGGACAUCUUGAUAAUACCUGUUGGAAUCUCCUAUGAUCGGAUAAUCGAAGGUCACUACAAUGGUGAACAACUGGGCAAACCUAAGAAGAAUGAGAGCCUUUGGAGCGUAGCAAGAGGUGUUAUUAGAAUGUUACGAAAAAACUAUGGCUAUGUCAGAGUGGAUUUUGCACAACCAUUUUCCUUAAAGGAAUAUUUAGAAAGUCAAAGUCAGAAACCUGUGUCUGCUCCACUUACUCUGGAGCAAGCAUUGUUACCAGCUAUCCUUCCUUCAAGACCUAAUGAUGCCGCUGCUGAAGGUGCAGACAUGUCCAGCAACGAGGCCCGGGGCGCAGCAGAUGAAUUCUUCCGAAGAAGACUGAUUGCCAACCUGGCCGAGCACAUUCUGUUCACUGCUAGCAAGUCCUGUGCCAUUAUGUCCACCCAUAUCGUAGCCUGCCUGCUCCUCUACAGACACAGGCAGGGAAUCGAUCUCUCCACAUUGGUAGAAGACUUCUUCGUGAUGAAGGAGGAAGUUUUGGCUCGUGAUUUUGACCUGGGGUUCUCAGGAAAUUCAGAAGAUGUUGUCAUGCAUGCUAUACAGCUGCUGGGGAAUUGUGUCACAAUCACGCACACCAGCAGGAACGAUGAGUUUUUUAUUACUCCCAGCACAACUGUCCCAUCAGUCUUUGAACUCAACUUCUACAGCAACGGGGUACUUCACGUCUUCAUCAUGGAGGCCAUCAUAGCCUGCAGCCUGUACGCAGUUCUGAAUAAGAGGGGCUCGGGAGGGCCCGCCGGCGCCUCUGGCAGCAUGGUGAGCCAGGAGCAGCUGGUGCGGAAGGCUGCCAGCCUAUGCUAUCUGCUCUCCAACGAAGGCACUAUUUCUCUUCCCUGCCAGACUUUUUACCAAGUUUGCCAUGAAACAGUAGGAAGGUUUAUUCAGUACGGCAUCCUUACAGUGGCAGAGCAAGAUGAGCAGGAAGAUAUCAGUCCUGGUCUUGCAGAGCAGCAGUGGGACAAGAAGCUUCCGGAACCAUUGUCUUGGCGAAGUGACGAAGAAGAUGAAGACAGUGAUUUUGGUGAGGAGCAGCGAGAUUGCUACCUGAAGGUGAGCCAGUCCAAGGAGCACCAGCAGUUCAUCGCCUUCCUGCAGCGGCUCCUUGGGCCCUUGCUGGAGGCCUACAGCUCUGCUGCCAUCUUCGUUCACAACUUCAGCGGUCCCGUUCCUGAGCCCGAAUACCUGCAAAAGCUGCAUAAAUACCUACUAACCAGGACAGAAAGAAAUAUUGCAGUUUAUGCUGAGAGUGCCACGUAUUGCCUCGUGAAGAACGCUGUGAAAAUGUUUAAGGAUAUUGGGGUUUUCAAAGAGACCAAGCAAAAGAGAGUAUCUGUUCUAGAACUGAGCAGCACUUUCCUACCUCAGUGCAACCGGCAGAAACUGCUGGAGUAUAUCCUGAGCUUUGUGGUGCUCUAGGCAACCCGUGGUACCUCUGGCAAGCGAAAGGCCGGAGACGAGUCCCUGCAUGCUCAUCCUCUGGCCCCGCAGCCGCAGACGCCAUCGCAUGACCGGCCCGCGCUGUCCUGAGGUGACUUUCCGGAAGACAAGUGCCUUCUCCCUCUGUGGACUGUGCUCUGCUUGGCCUGAGGCACAGCGGCCCGCGGAUAACACUGGGGAGGCCUUCGGCCUCUGUCUGCAGCCCAUAAUCAGUAGGUUCCUAGAUGAAGUCUCAAUAAAUUAUUUUGACGUUUAUUAAAGAUUUACAUUUUAAGUACAACUUCUAAGGACUAAUUGGUGUGAGGGCCACAGAAGUGUUGUAUGCUGGAAGUGAGUCUUGCAUAGGAUUCCGAGUGCUGGUGGGUCGUUCAUAGGUAUAUUUUCUGAUUCAUGGUUAAUACUUCCUUUAAAAAUAAUUGAAUCAUCCAUUCACUCUUUGCAGUUUUAUCUUUGUCGGUAAUAGCUAGACUCAGAGUGGGAGCCCUCUUCAUCCCAAAGUGCUUUGCAGGGAAUGGGCUGGGGGACAUCGUGCCCAGGUAUUGCUGUGCCGUGCUUUGCACUCAGAUUUAGAAAGCAUUUUAAGAGCUACAUGAAAACAGACAAUAUUAGUUUAGGUCAGGAAUUGAGAUGUUGCUAUCAAAUAGCUGACAUUAGGAGAUAAAUUUGGCUGGCAAACUUUAAGGUAAAGUUGGCCGGAAGAUUGGCACAGAAAACGGUUACUCACUGAAAAAAGUGCCAUUGAGUUUUAAAUGACCAGCAAGUAUUUAAAAACGUUCCUGUUUUAUGUUAGUACCUUUUCUCACCCCUUGGGUGGUAGCGACGGCCUCUCCUAGGUACAGGUGUUUCUUAGAAACCCUCUAACCAAACAGCCACAGCACUAGUUUGAUUAGCUCAGCCUGCUGGACCCUGAUCUCACCCGGUACCUGGAUGCAGACUGCUGACCCAGGGCUUUCAUGUACUGCUCACAGGUCGUACACUGCACCCCACUGGGUGACAGGUAUUCACUUGUGGAUUGAACAACUUGUUCUAUAUGUACAGCGAACUACUGAUCGGUGAAUGGUUGGAGGCAUUUGUGGAUUUUUAGCUUUGAGAGAAAAAACCAUGUUUCUUAAGAAAUUUAUACUGGUAACAUGCCUAAGGCCCAAUGCCAUGUAGAGGCAAAUAAUUAUUAAAAAUUGCCUGCUUUUAAAAAGUAGGAGUCUUUUUGUGAGGAGGGAGCAUAAUUGUUAAUUGUGGUAAUUAUGGUGAUAGUGAUCGUGCAAUGUUAAAAUUUUUUCUAAUAGUUCACUAUCCCUUAUCUCCACAUAGUCAUGGAACUAGGAAUUUUUUCUGAUGACUGUCGCAUAAAUUCUGUGGAUUUAGUAUAAAAGUAUUGAGAAUUAAGUCUGUACUUUCCUAAGUUCGGAUUUGAAACACUAAUAGUACCUUGUGAAUCGUGUAUGUGUUGGGAGAGAGAGGGCCACUGAUUGGUACUUCACACUGUAUGAAACAAUCUUGUUUGAAACUCACAGCGAUAUUGCUGUGCCGUUGUGAUCCCUUUCUGCUCUUCUCAGAUUCUGUGUGUGAAAUUUAUUUUUUCUGAGGAACUCAUGUACUGUUGUCACUGUAAGUUGUAGCAAUUACGAUAUCGAGUGAGCUACUCACCUUUGAAAUUUUCAUUUUCUAAACUAGGGUGGAAAGAGGAGCACCUCCUUUGUCUGUUCUUGGGGUUACCCAGGAAGUCUUGUUUAUUCCCUUGGGUGUUUAACUGGAGAAUCUAACGUUUCACUAGUCUUCUCGUCGGCCUGUCUGUUUACCUGCCUGCCUGCCUGUCCGCCCUCUUCCAAUCUUUCUUUCCUCUCUCCUUCCCUCCUCCCUUUCUUCUUUUCUUUGUCCUCUAAAUUUUAAACCCAGGAUCACUCAGACCCUCGUCUGGAAAGUUAAGGCUGGGACUGACUUCCCAGUGGAUAUCUGCUCUGCCUGUCUCCUCUGCAAAGAGCUGCUGUUUUGCCAGCCUGUAAAGAGAAGCCAUGGCUUCUCCUGUGUUAUUCUCCCUUUUGGUUGUUUUCAAAAAAUUCAAUCACAUGCUUCGGGGAAUGCAGUUUGCUAGUUGUCUCGCCACUCAACUCACUGUGAGGAUAAAUACGCAUGCUUUUUGGUAAUUAACUGGUGCUUCAAAACCUUUUUCAAGGAAGAAAAAUCUCAACCAAAGUUACGUUCAUCCCGACAAGCUGACCUUUGAGUUAAUUUUAGCACAACUCAUUCUUCAGUGCCUCAUUACUGAAAAAAAAAAGUCAUCACAAUAAAGCUUCCAGAUAGUACUGUUUUGCUAAUAGAUUAAAUUCUCAUUGUUUUAUAACAGUGGAUGGCUUUCAUGUUAAUCAAACUAGGUGCUUGUAAAUAAUGUAUUACAGUUUACUCUAUUGCAUUUCUGUAAAACCGAAAUGCAUGCCCUUCAGGGGACAACUGUGAGUCAAGUUUAAAAAAAAAAAAAUCCAAUAAUAAGCAAUAUGAAACUGCACUGUUUUUAAAAAUGGGAAUGUCUUAAGUAAUUCAGAAGAAAGGAAGGACUUUUGCUCUUUUAAAAAUCUAAGAGAAACAAGGGCAAACACAGAGCGAAGUGUGUAGAAUGAAGAACCGAAAAAACACCACAUCUUCCUUCUCAGCUGUUAAGUCUCACAAAGUCCUGAGGUUGAGUGGAGAAAAUACAUCCAGGGUGGCCACAGAUGGAAGCUCAGAUUGCAGUGUUUCCUGCGGUCCAGAGGAGGAAGCAUUUCCCACAGCGCUCCAGGUAACGCGGGUGCUCUGUGACAUGAGCUUUGUACCAAGUGCUGCCGGGAACUGAGCUUGCACUCGGCAACUUACAGUUCACUCUAGCAUGGUAUGGGCUCAGCCUGGGCAGUGAGAAGCUUGUUUAGCCCAGCAUUUCCCAAACUAUCUUGACCUCAGGACAUUCUUCCCUGUUGGGACAUUUCUGUACCUCUCACUAGUAGCCUAUGGAAAGCAUUUUGGGAAACUACCGUAGGAAGUUCUUUCAGGAGACCAGACAGUAGUGAGCAGAUGGCACCGAAGCAGAAUUUGCUUGCACUUUGUACCAUGAAAUGUUGCAUUGAACGGAUGUAUUUUUCCUCCUCUGGAAAGAAUAAGCACAGAAAAUCGUAAUAUAGGUGGUCCUAGCACUUUCCUUUGAUGGAAAGAUCAGCCGUCAAUAACCCUGGCUUUUAAACUGAACAUAGCAGAAUUAAUAUAAAGAUUAAUUGGGGUAAAUAAUGUUGUAAUUCAGAUCCAGAAGAAAACGUUGCAUAAUAGAAUGGAGAUUUUUUUAUCUAUAGAUAGUUCUAGUGUUUAGAAAUGAUAGGACCUAUCAUUGAUGUUUAUAAGACUAUGGUACAUAAAUCAGUUUUUUUAAAAUACCCUUUUUAGGAACCUGAGAGUUGCCACCUGGCAUUUUAGUUUAAUACAAACUAAUGAUUGCUUUGAAAGAAACUCUUGACCUUAUUUCUAGUUAAAGGGCUAAAUGUCUUGAUGGAAGGUAUUAACGCUUUUGUUGUACAAAGAAAUGUUAGUGUUGUAAAAAGAAUGACUACAGAGUAUUGUAAAAUAAUGCUGUGUGAUUUUGUGAGUGAAACUUACUUGGAAAUGAUUGAUUUUUAUGCCUGAUAAUGUAUUGUGAGAAGCACAGAAAUGUAGUUUUGUUUUAAUAAACCAAAAAAGGAACCUA